GGCCCGAGCAGAGGAAGGGGAGGGGGUGGGCUGGCUGGCUCGCCUGCUGCUUUCCCGCUGCCCUUUUCUGCGGGAGCGGUGCUGGGGAGUUGAGAAGAGCGUGGGGCUGCCAGGAGCGAGGGGCCCGUCUUCGCUGAGACGCUGUUGUAGCUCCAGGGCGCUUUGGUUAAGCUGACGCCAGUGAGUGCUCACAGUGCAGAUACUGCAAGCUUUUUGAAAACUAUAUAUGCUUCAUAGAAAAUCUGCAGCAGCUAUGAAGCAAAUUAAAACCUGGUGAAGGUUUUAAAGCACCUCGUAGCUGCUGCCUUUCAUGCAAGCACUUCUGAAUUGCUUUAGAGAAAACUCUUAAGCCUGCUUGCCUUAAUGAGUAAAGGUCAGCCUGCAACUUUGGAUUCUUCAUAUAGAUAAGAGUUGGCAAGACAAACUUCCUCUGAUCCUGGAUAUGAUAAAGGUUAAUACAGUUAGAUGCAAGUCAAAUAGGAGAGGUUACAAGUAAUAUAAGUUGUCUUACUAUAAGUAGAAAGCCAAUGGCAAUCUUACUCAGACUUGGUCGCUGUAACAGAAGGCCUGGCUGUAAGAUGGAGCUGCCUGGCCUUGCUUUUGCUGUUUGGAUGUUUAUUUGCUUCUAUGCAUCUGUGGAUAGCUAUCCAAGUGGAAAAUUAAGAGAAGCCUGCAUUAGCAUGAUACCCUGUCAUGGUAGCUCUCCACAACUGUCACCUGUGCACACCAUUACAGUGAAUGGGACUGAAUUUAAACCAGGGGACAACAUAGAAGUUCAUCUGUCUGGACCAGAUUUUGAAGGGUUUUUCAUACAAGCCCGGGAUGCAGAACACCUGGAUAGCCCUGCAGUUGGUUCUUUCAUGUUAGUUGACCGGAAACUUUCUCAGCUUCUGACGUGUGGCCGUAUCAAGAAUUCAGCUGUCAGUCACACAAGUAAAGCAAAAAAGAAAUACAUAAAAGUUUAUUGGAUUGCUCCUGGAGAUGCACCAAAACGUGUACAGUUUCUAGCCACAGUUGUGAAGAAAUACAAGACUUUCUGGGUGAAGAUUCCUGGUCCCAUUGUUUCUCAGCCUAAUGCACUGUCCCCAACAACACCCUUGCAUGCAACAUCAGAGGCUAUAUCAACUUCACACUCGGUUUCCUACUUAUCAAAGCCAUUUAAUGCAUCAGGUUGUGGAAGUAUGAAGUUCUGCAUUAGGAACCCUUCAAACUGUGAUCCUGAAAAUGCUUCCUGUUUUUUUCUAUCCUUCCAAGAAGAGAAGAGUUCAGUAUUUAUUGAAAUGAGUGGUCCAAGUGAAGGCUAUUUAGCAUUUGCAUUGUCCCAUGACCAGUGGAUGGGUGGUGAUGACGCGUAUCUGUGUGUUAAGGAGGACCACCAUGUUCAUGUAAGCACUGCCUAUCUGAAGGGGCGAAGUCCUCCUGUUUUGGAUUCAGAGAAUGUGCUUGAAGAUGUGUCAUGGAGGCUUGUGGAUGGUAUUCUUCAAUGUUCCUUCGGAAGGAGUAUUAGUCUUCCUGCUUACAAAGGGAGGUUUAAUCUGAAUGCCAGUUACUACAUCUUUCUGGCAGAUGGGGAAGCUAGUGAAGGUGGACUAAUAUACAAACAUCGUCAUCAGCCUCUGAUCACCAAUGGAAUAUACAACGUCACAGGCCUUCCUCAGGAUAUUGGAGGUUCCAGGUCCCCGCAACUUAUCAAGGCUCAUGGAGCGCUAAUGUUUGUUGCUUGGAUUACCACAGUUAGUAUUGGUGUUAUUGUUGCACGAUUCUUCAAACCUGUCUGGUCUCAUUCAUUCCUGUUUGGAAAGGAGAUGUGGUUUCAGGUGCAUCGUAUGCUCAUGUUGACCACAGUCAUGCUUACAAGCAUUUCUUUUGUGUUGCCUUUUAUAUACCGAGGAGGCUGGAGCCAACAAGCAGGUUUUCAUCCCUAUCUCGGCUGUACCAUGAUGGCUCUGACAAUCUUUCAACCACUUAUGGCAGGUUUCAGACCAUCUCGUCAUGCACCAAGGAGGCAAUUGUUUAACUGGUUUCACUGGAGUACUGGUACAACAGCUAGAAUACUAGCCGUGGUGACUAUGUUCUUGGGAAUGGAUCUACCAGCACUUGACCUGCCAGACCCAUGGGACACAUAUACAAUGAUUGGUUUUGUAGCUUGGCAUGUCGGUAUUGAGAUUCUUCUGGAAAUACACAGCUACUGUCUCGUACGUAAAGUUGAAGUGAUAGAGGAUGACAGAGUACAGAUACUGCAGUCACUCACAUCUGCAGAAGCAGAGGGUCGUCUGUUCAAACAGGUUGUGUUAACCAUCUAUGUCUGUGGAAAUAUAGUAUUCCUCAUUGCCUUCCUGGCAGCAAUCAACCACAUAUGAAAUAAGUCAUUGAGAACUUUGUGAUGAAAUAUUGUGCAGUUGAAAGACCUGCAAGGAAUGCUUUCUAUUACAACUUUUCUGUCAACACCUCCCUGAAGAUGUAACUGAAGAGUAAUAGCACAUGUGCAUCAUGCUUGGUGUUAGGGAGAACUUGAAUUCAAAUCAAUAGAAGGAUGCUGCAGUUCUGCAAAAGCUGCCUUCUGAUGGGACUUUUAAUGAGAGUCUUUGCCUGAAUAAGGAAUGAAGUCUCUAUUUUUUAAGUGCAGUAAUUAACUUGAUUGAAGCUUACAGGUUAAGAAGACUGAGAAGAUGUGCUGAAAAUGCUGUUUUGAUAGUCAGUUCCCUAAACCUUUUGUGAAUAUUAUUGGGAAAACUGGAAAGAUUGAUCCGGAAUCCAUCAUAUCUGUUCACUUUACUGUGUUCUAAUGGCAUGUGAUGUGACAACUUCCUGCUCAUGACAGUUUUGUGCAUU